GAGCCACGCACGCGUUCGCCUUCUCCCAAAGUAUCGCAGUUGAAAAGAUUUUUAAAGCCAAGAUUCAAAAUCCAUCGCUUACUGUUAACUUCUUUUUCGGCUGGCCAAAUUGUGCGUGCAACUGCAAUUUGCCCCUCUGCCACCCCCUGUUGCUGCCACUCACACUCUCUCUCACACACACACACACGCUCUCUCUCACCUUCUGUGGUGUUGGUGGUGCAGCCGAAGCCAGCGACGACGACGACGACGACGAUGCCGACGACGACGACGCGACGACGGGAAAAUCUCUUUGCGUUGCAGUGAAAAUUUUUUCGUACGUUUUCGUUAUUUGUUAUUUGCACGUUGACGCGGCGACAACAAGAAACGGUACACGGCUACGAAGUGUGCAACAAACGCGCGUGCAACAGCAACAACAGCAACAACAACCGUUAAACGUUAACACGCGUCUGUUAUUAAACAAGAAACAACAACAAGAAAUUUAUAAUAAACAAAUCCGCAUAUUUAUUGAUAUUAAACAAAACGCUUCACACACGUCGCAAUCUAACGAUUCAUUUUUUAACUCAACUCAACUCAACUCAAAUCAAGUCAAAUCUAAACUUAAUCGUACCUAGCAGCAAUACACAACAACAAUUUCAAAGCUAACCAAUUUUUGCUCUCUCUCUAUCACACACUUAACUCAACUAAACUUGCCAAAUUUUUAAAUAUUUAUAUAAUUAACGAAAAUAAAAACACACAAAAUAUUUUAUACAACAACAUAAAUAAAUAAUAUACAUAUUAAUAAUAAUAAGAAGUGCAUAAAGUCGCAAUUGAAGUGUCUUAAACAAAUAAAUCUAUACAGAAAUAAAAAAGAAGAAGGAAUAAAAGAAAUUAUAUACAUGCAGUUCAAAUGCACAGCUUGCCAAUAUAAAAGCAACAACACUAAUAAAAAUAUUAAAAAUAAUUGCAAUUGUUGAAAAAAAAAAAAACAACAACAACAACUCGCGAACAACACAUAAGCAAAAGUUUGUGAUAUUUUUAUGAUAUUAGCAAUUAAAGUAUACAAGAGUAACAAAAAUUAAAUAAAAUUUAUAAAUAUCAUAUAAAUGUGUGGUGUGCUCAGAUAUUGCCAACAACAACAACAACAGCAACAUAGGCAGCUGCCAUUUAUUGGAUAAUGCUUGGAUAAUGCUUGCCAAAGCGCCCUAAACAAUCGAGAAUAUGCCCGAGUCCAUCAGCUUGAAUACAACAUCCUAACUGAACCGAGCCAAAUCGGUCGCGUCAGGUCGCCCGCAAGAAUCCCCGGCCACAAAAGCUUCGGGAGCAGAAGAAUUGCAAGAGGAAGAUCGUUAGCACGAAGCACACAGCACAAAACGUUGACCUAAUGACGAUGGCAGAAGGCACCGACCCUAUGGGGCAUCAUCAUCACGCCGCCGGCUCGCACAAUCCCCACCAUUAUCAUCAUCAUCCACAUCCCCAUCACCAUCAUCCGGCGCAUUAUCAUCAUCCCAAUCAGCACUAUGCGCCCGCCCAGCAACCACCGCUGUCGGGAGCGGCGGCGGCAGCAGCAGCUGCCUCCCACUAUGCACCCUAUGCCCAGCUUCAGUAUCCGCAUCCCUUGCCACACCAGCAUCUGCCGCUGGCCCUCAGUCUGCAUCAGCAGGCGGCUGCGGCCGCUGCCUCGGCGGCAGUUGCUGCCGCUGUUGCCAGCGUCGAGCAGCACAACAACAACAAUCAGCCGCUUGUGGCCAACAACAACAUCAUGCCGUGGAAGCAGCGCAAGCGCAAACGUCUCUCCGCCGUGCUCGACAAGCUGCAUCACAAUAACAACAACAAUAAUAACAAUAACAACAACAACAGCAACAAUAACAACAACAAUGGAGUAACCUGCAAGACAGAGCCCAUGGACAUGGAUGAGCGGGAAAUGGAUGAAAUGGAAGAGGAUGCGGAGGAGGAGGACGAUGAGACGGCACAGCAUGAUGUCAAGCAGAACCAGGAGGCUAACAACUAUAUUAAGAGCGAGCAGCGUGAGGCUUUGACUGCGGCCAGUGAUGAUGAGCAGAUCGAGGCCGAGGCAGAGCUCUCCGCCGAGGAGCUCUCACACUCCGACCAGGAUGAGCAGGAUAGUCCGCGCAUUAGCAUGAGUCCGCUGCAGGUGGCAGCGACGCCCGCGUCGAAGCCAACGCCGGAGAGUGCAACGGCUGCCAAGGAGAAUCCGCUGCACGUGGACAUCAAGACUGAGCACAUGCCGAGUCCGUAUGAUCGCUACUUUCCCAUUUCCUCACCGCUGUUCGGCUACUAUCUGCAUACGAAGUACUUGAACGAGGUGUUCCGGCGUCGCCAUGAUCUCUAUCCCUCGCCGAUGCAGCACACGCCCUCCUCCAUAGCCUCCGAGACGGAGACGUCGCCCAUCAGCCAAGGCAAGACAUCCAAUGGCAACAACCACAACCAGAGCCAGAGCCAGCAGCAACAGUUGCUGCCCGCCGUGAUGAUCAAUGCGUCGCCGCCUCCCUCGUUGCCCUCGCCGCCGCGCAGCGACUCCUCGGUGACUGCAGCGCAGCCGACGCGCGUCAGUCCCAAGCUGGGCAAGAAGAAGACUUCCUCCGCCGACAAGCCAAUGCCGCCACCGCAAGAGCGUCCACUGGAUCUGUGCAUGCGCAGCGAUUCCCUCGGCGAGUCCAAGAAGUACAAAUCAGCGACUCCGCCUUUGCACUCCUCUGCCGGAUCCAUGAUGCCGCCACCGCAGACAUCCAUGAGCGCCGCCAGCAGCCUGGAGAGCAUGAACGCCCUGUCGCCCGCAUCCAGCACACAUUCGAGCACCUCGAUGACCAGCAGCACACCCACAUCCACCCUUGCUCCUCCCUCUGCAAUGUCACCCUAUGCCAUGACGGCGGCAGCGGCACAUGCAGCAGCAGCUGCGGCAGCAGCAGCCAUGAUCAAGAUGGAGAUGCCAAUGCAUCCGCUGCACUCGCAUGUGCCCACCACAACGGUGGGUGUGCCGGUGAUAAAGGGUGAUGUCGCCUCGCCCACCACCAAGGAGACGGUGGCCUGGCGCUACAACCUGGACGUGUCGCCCGUGGUGGAGGAGAUGCCGCCGGGAUCGGAUGUGGCCUAUGUGUGCCCGACAUGUGGACAAAUGUUCUCGCUGCACGAUCGGCUGGCCAAGCACAUGGCCUCACGUCACAAGUCGCGCAAUCCCGCCAACGACAUCACCAAAGCCUAUUCCUGCGACGUCUGCCAUCGCUCGUUCGCCCGCUCCGACAUGCUCACCCGCCACAUGCGUCUCCACACUGGCGUCAAGCCGUACACGUGCAAGGUGUGCGGUCAGGUCUUCUCCCGCUCCGACCAUCUGUCCACGCAUCAACGCACCCACACCGGCGAGAAGCCCUACAAGUGUCCGCAGUGUCCCUAUGCCGCCUGCCGUCGGGACAUGAUCACCCGCCAUAUGCGCACCCACACCCGCUAUGAAUCCCGCGGUGCAGGCGGCGGUGGUGGUGGAGGCGGACGUGGUGACGGAGGUCGUGGGGAUGGACGUGGCGAGGAGCCAAAGUCACCGCUGCCGUUGCUCGACAUGAAGAUGAACAUGAAUCUGCCGAUGUUGCUGCAACAGGAGGAGCUGCUGCAAAAGUCACCACUUGGUCUGGGUGGACAUGGGUCCAUGCCCAUUGUGGUGAAGACAGAGAGCGCCUAACGGUAUCUCUAUGCGGCUGCCGCCAGGCAAUUUAUGACCUUCUAGAGGCGCCACUAGAGUCGCAACUGACACGGUGAUGUUUGAUAUACAUAUAUCUGGUAUACUCCUCCCUAACCCCCCACUCCCAGCUUAGUGCUAGUUGAGCCCAUAGAUCAGCUGUAGACUAAUCUACGCGCUGGAACAACACUGGAAAUCUCUCUGCGAAGACUGAGAACCUAAUUACUACCUACAGUUAAAGGCCUAGGUUUAUGCAUCAUUUAAAAAAGAUAAAAAGAACUAUUUUAAUUGUACUCACCCACAUACAUACAAACAGAAAGACAGACAGACAGACAGACAGACAGACAGACAGAUAAAUAGAAAUCAGAGUUAACUCAGACCAACACCCAACGUAUUAGCGUUUAAUGUAGUUCGUAGGGUAUUCGAGAGUCGGCUUAGUUCGUAUUCGUAUUCGUAGUAUUGUAUUUUUGGAUAAUGUUGUAGACAACGUUCAGAUACAGCUAGCAAUUCCAUGUUCCACAAUUUAGUAAGUGUUAGUUAGUUGCGUCAACUUUUAAUUGUAUGUAGCUAGUUUUGAGGUUAGGUUUAGUUAGGCAGAGGUCACAGAUCCCACCUCUGGGCAUUUUUAAAAAACAACAUUGAAAUUAUUAA